AUGGCAUCUCUACGAACGGCGGCAGCAUUGCGUGCUGUAUCGCUCAGACCAGCUCUCUCACAACGCGUCCCAGCGCUGGCACGAUUCCAAUCGCAGAACACCGACUCUUCGAAGCACCAAUUGACCACCGCCGAAGAUGCACCACUCCAGAACCAGCCCUCUCACAACCCCGAUUGGAAUGUCGCAACAGACUACAGGACAUCCAACUUCUCCCCUGUCCCAAUCCGCGUCAUGGAUGGCAGUGAACCAGGUGUCGAUACUCCUGCUGCAGUCCUCUCAGGCGCACCCGUAGAGCUCCAAGCACGAACAGUCCGCAUCUACAAGCCCGCCAAACCCGCCACACAAUCCGGCGACUGGCACGGCCACCACUGGCGAAUGGACUGGGAUCCUCUUUCCAAAGGCCACCGCUGGGAGAACCCCCUCAUGGGCUGGCAAUCCUCCGCCGAUUUCAUGCAAGGCACCCACCUGAACUUCGAGAGCAAGGAAGAUGCGAUCCGAUUCGCCAACAAGCAGGGGUAUGAGUUCUUUGUCCAGGAGCCGAAUGAGAGGAAGAUUUUACCCAAGGCGUAUGCGGACCAGUUUGUGCACAGUCCGAAGAAGUUGAAGCAGGUUAGGACGAAGUAG